AUGUGGCUCGGCGAAUAUAUUUUAAUAUACAGUGGAGUGGAAAGGCACGUCAGAUCAAAAGAGGGUGUAAAAUUAAUAAUCCGUAGAAAACUGUCUCAAAAUAUCCAGGAAGGCAAAUAUGCAUCGGAAAGAAUUAUAUUAGUUAAGCUUAAAUCAGAAAAUCAAAAAACUAACACAAUUGGAAUUUACACCCCAGAAAACUGCAAACCAGAAGGAGACAGACUAAAAUUUGAUGAGAAAUUACAAGAUACAAUUGAUGCAAUACCAAAAAGAGAGAUAAUUAUUAUAUUAGGUGACUUCAAUGCACGAGUAGGGAACGCAACAAUAGCAGGGGUGAAAGAAAAAUUUAAUGAAAGUGUGACUAAUGAGAACGGCGAAUCUUUAAAUAGAAAUAAAACUGUGAAGGCUUUAUCAAUAGCAGAUCAGAUGCUGCACAUUCUCUUCUUUGCUAACGAUCAAGUUUUGGUACUGGGAGACAGGAACAACGCCAGUAAUAUUACGAAAAUGGUCAAACAAAUGUCAGUCUUUGAAUCACUAGGCACUUAUGGAUCAGAAACUUGCUAG